AUUAUAGAUGCUUCAAAAUGUUAGCUAAUAUGGUAGGUACAGCGUUCCUAUUAACUCACUAUUACUCAUUGUUGAACAUUGGAGCCUUGGUUUAUAUGUGGCACACCAUGGGCUUCAACGGGUUCUCCAUGGUUUAUCUGCUGACAUUCAUAGCUCUGUUGUUUGAAUAUUACAUCUGGUGUCGUUUAGUGGACUCCUUCCAGGACGUGGCCGAUUCCAUUGGGCAGCUGGUCUACGAAAUCUGUGUUUAUAUGCCCCACAGCCCGGACCACCAUUCGGAGUACCGUCAGCUGAGAACGAGUCUGAUCAUCAUUUGGAUCAACAAUGCCAAAGCAUAUACCGUGAGCUGCUACGGACUGCUGAAGGUUUCAACGCUUGCGUUUGUCGAUAUGGUUGACAUCACCUACACGGUGCUGAUGUUUCUGAUCAACAUGAUUGACCAUUGAAUAUGUGCAAACCGAAGCCGUAUUGUUUUUAAGUCAUCAAAUAUAAGAUAAGUCUAUUCAGAAAUAUAC